AAAGCAGUAAUGAUACAAAAUGGGCCUCGUGAAGUUUUAACUACUAGUUUUAAGAACAUCGGGUCAGAAGUUGAGAUUUCCACUAUCGAGAAACAACGGAAAGAGCUGCAGCUGCUUAUUGGAGAAUUAAAAGACCGCGAUAAAGAGCUCAAUGAUAUGGUUGCAGUACAUCAGAGACAACUUCUUUCAUGGGAAGAGGAUCGGCAGAAAGUGUUGACUUUGGAAGAACGUUGCAGCAAAUUAGAGGGUGAACUACAUAAAAGAACUGAAAUAAUCAGGUCACUCACAAAGAAGGUAAAAACCCUUGAAUCUAAUCAGAUUGAAUGCCAAACGGUUCUUCAGAAGACUCAGCUACAGCUUCAGGAAAUGGCUCAAAAGGCAACCCAUUCCUCUCUCCUCUCUGAAGACCUUGAGGCUAGAAACGAAAAUCUCAGCAACACAUUAGUGGAACUUUCUGCCCAGGUAGGACAAUUACAAGCUCGAGAACAGGCUCUCACUACAAUGAUAAAGCUAAAGGACAAAGAUAUUAUUGAGGCCGUCAAUCACAUUGCAGACUGCUCAGGAAAAUUUAAACUGUUAGAGCAUGCCUUGCGUGACGCGAAGAUGGUGGAGACUUGUAUUGUGAAAGAGAAGCAAGAUUACAAGCAGAAAUUGAAGACACUUAAAAUUGAAGUCAAUAAACUGAAAGAGGAUCUAAAUGAAAAGACAACAGAAAAUAAUGAACAACGAGAAGAGAUCAUUCGUCUCAAGCAAGAGAAAAGUUGCCUGCAUGAUGAAUUGGUUUUUACUGCAGAGAGAGAAAAAAGGAAAGAUGAGUUACUUGAUAUUGCAAAGUCAAAGCAAGAACGUACAAAUGCAGAACUGCAUAAUCUGAGACAGAUUUAUGUAAAACAACAGAGUGAUCUGCAGUUUCUUAAUUUUAAUGUGGAAAAUUCUCAGGAAUUAAUACAGAUAUAUGACUCAAAGAUGGAGGAAUCAAAGGUUCUGGAGUCCAGCAGAGACAUGUGUUUGUCAGACCUUGAGAAUCACCGCCCAAAAGUCGAUAUUAAGAGGGAGAAAAAUCAGAAGUCAUUGGUUAAAGAUCCAAAAUUUGAGACCACGUUGAUUCAGCAAAAUCGGUCAGACAGGAGCCCUUGUGAUCUGUGCAAAGAGAAGAAACGACAGGGUAAUACUUCAUUUGGGGAAAAAAGUGUAACUGCUAUCUCAUCUCUGUUUACAAAAGAUGUACUGGAGAAGCAAAAGUCUUGGUCUCUGGGAGGAAAAAUGCAGAUCGAAUCAGAAAACAAAAGUACAUUGUGCAAGAUCCAUGCAAAGUCACCAAAAGGUAAUGGGAUCGGGAUUCAGAAUGAAGAGAGACAACUCUCUGAAGCAUCCACCUCGUUAUCUGAUGAGAAACAGUGGCAUGAUGUCAAUGUGUACCUGGGCCUGGCCAGCUGUUCUAGUUCCAGACAACCAGAAAAGCUGGAUGUUGAAAGUCAAGAUGACAUAGAAAGGUCUGGAGUCUCCUGUUGCCAUAAAAAUGAAACCUGUCUUGGGGAGAGUGACAUGUAUGAGUCCAAGUGCUGCCACCCGAGUAACUUCAUCAUUGAAGCCCCAGGCCACAUGUCUGACAUGGAGUGGAUGAGCAUUUUCAAGCCUUCUAAAGUGCAAAGAAUUGUUCGCCAUAAAUCUGUGUGUACUUGCUCAGAAAGUGCCCGUGGAAGGAAAUACAACUCCGCCAUGAGUGAGCUAAUUGCCAUCCAGCAUUCCCACUGUUUGGGUUCUUCAAAAUCUGCCACAAGAGAGGAUGAGAAAUUAAUAGACACAGAGCCCUCUUCUGAUACAAAGAACUCACCUAAGAUUUUGUUAUUCAACAAAGAGGCACCAUUGUCCACUGACAAGGAUGACUUUUCGCCCACAAGCAAGCUUCAGCGUUUGCUGGCAGAGUCUCGCCAGAUGGUUACAGACCUGGAGCUGAGUACUCUGCUCCCCAUCAGCUCUGAGAAUCUCAGCAGCAGUGCCAGAAAUUAACCCGCGGGAAGCAUGAAAAGAGCCCUGGAGAUACACCAAAAUGGCACCCUGAUUCUGAUGACAUGGAGAAUCUCAGCUGACCAGUGACGGAGCCAGUACUAGAACCAGGUCUCCUGCCCGAAGAUGCUACCAGAGAUGAACCUUGGCAAAUUCAGAGUGGGGAAGCUUAUACCCUUGUGUCCCACGCUGCUCGUUUUAUAAAACUAAGCCAUAUGUUAAAGUGUACCAAAUUACGGAGGGUUAUUUGCUCACUUUCUCAACCCUGCAUUGCACACACAUUUAUUGAACAUUGCUAAUGUGCCAGGCACUCUGCUAGGCACUGAGGUUAUAAAAUGGAGUAAGAUGAUGUGGUCCUUGCCCUCCAGGGGCUCAAAAGCUUACAUACAAGCAGAUACAUUAUAAUUCAUUAGAGAUAUUUUAGUGCUCUCGGGACCCCAGCAACCAACUAUUAUUAAAAAGAGUGGUAGUUGGUUGCUAAUGUUAAGUCACUGUGGCAGAUGUUCUCAACCCAGAGGGGUCGUUGCCUGGUUUGAAAGAAGAUGCUGUGUUAAGUAUGAAGUUCACAGGAUAACUUGCUUUUGUUCGAUGUGGAAAAAGGAGUCCGAGAAACAGCUGUCUGGAGCCAGCAAGCCCCUUUACUGUGGUCUUUAUUUGACCACAGCUGUUGACUGGGGUGCUGGGGAUUAAAAAUGAAAUAGUACACGUGAAGGAUUUAGCUCAGUGCCUGGCAAAUAAUAAUCAAUAAAUAUUAGCCAUUGUUAUUCAGGUAAAGAGACCUUUCAGGGAUUGGAAAUUAGAUAAAGCAUGGUUAAUUUCUUUUUGGUGGAGUUGGAAGAGAGCCUUGUCAAAUACAGCUUUUCAAGUAUCCAGUGUCAGUUUGGGGGCGGGCAGAGAUUAAUCCAUGAAGUUACAGAAAGGGAGACCACCGUCAGGGGUAUGUAGGCAUCAUACUCUUCAUACUCAUCACUCCCUCUUCAAGGGGGAGUCUUUAGUACCUGUAUUGGGUGAUUUCACACCUAUAUCCUGAGAGGAAAACUGAGGACAGCAGAAACAAAAUAACCAUUUGAUAGCAUACACUUGGGAGAAUUGUGAGAUAUAUACAUAUAUAUAUAUUUUUUUUUACUUCAGUCUUGGAUAAUUUAAAAAGCAAACCAACAAUAACGUUUUUAAAAGACUCCCACGACCUCCUGUGGCGUCUCUUCCGUGCACUUUGAUGGUCCAGCGCUGUGUUGUGUUCAGAUCUGUCCGCAGGUUGUCCCGGCCCCGCCUGCCCUCCUCCCCUUGCAGUUCCUCGGCUCUGGCAAGGUGUCCGCGUACGGAGCCUGCAGCCUCCGAAGAUUCAUCCCACAGCCCCGCGUUGAUGACAGCUGCUGUUAACGUUGGAGAUGCACAAAGCGGACGGCUUACUUGUAUGCAUUUUCACACAUAAAUUAAGACUAAAA